AUGGUCAUUCUCGGAGGCAUGCCCGAGAGACAGAAGGGUACCUUCUUAAUGCUAAUGUCUGUUUUCAUUUCCGUGACUUCGUCUGCCUAUUGCUUCAACCCAUAUUUUGCCAUUCAAUCGGCCAAAAGGGAACUCACGUUUCAGCAACGUGCACGCCUCGCUCUCCGCAAGAAUUCGGCCUUAAAAACAAAUGUCACAGACAGGUCAAGCAGUUCGCUUCGUAUGGUAGCGAUUGGGGCGGGAGCAAUGGAUCAAUGCCCUAGCAAUACAGCAGUGAAAGGGGAUACGGUCAUAGUCAAGUACACCGUAACGGCGGAAACGGGGGAGAAACUAGAGGGAAGUGGAGGAUUUGCAAAGUUUUUGAAACAAGACGGAGUUCUGCCGGAUGGCUUCAUUGCUACUCGGUUCGUUCUGGGUAAAUCUCAAGUAUCGGCCAAAGUUGAAAACGCCGUCUCCACACUGAGAUCUGGUGAGACAACGAGAAUACUCCUUGAUGAUUUCUUUGGCAAGCAGGAGGAAGAUAAGAUUUACACUAUCACCAAGAACAUGGUUGGACUGCCACCUGACAUGCCAGUGGCCCUCGGCACGACAUUCAAAAUAAAUGGAGGGGCAAGUGCGAGGGUGGUAGAGGAAGAUGGCGAAUGGCUUGUGCUGGACGCGAAUCACAUACAUGCUGGGAAAAGAUUAUUCCUUGAUGUCACCCUCGUUGAUAUCCAGGGUAAACAUGCUGGACCACAGGAGGUAGACUUCGAGAUGGACCAAUGAUCUUUUCAAGAAAUCUUGCUACCUCAGGUUGAAUGCAUCUCCCCAUCUACACCUCUUUUGCAAGAUCGCAGCACUUGUUGCACACUCCUGCGGAUAUAGUUUGAUCAUUGUUCUGACUCAAUUAUCCGAUGCUCCUUCAAACUCUUACUCAACCGCCUUCCAAAUUGGAUUUGUUUCGUUAUGUUUGAGAUGGGUUCAGAGAAAAAUACAUAGAUGCAUAGCUGCAAUCUCACUCCAAGAUCCCAUCAUUCGAACAAUUAAAAAAAAACAACCAUC